GAGAGUUGGCUGCCUGUAGGCUUUAGCGUUGGAGCGAUGGCGGCCCUGGCAGUAGUGGAGACUCCGUCUGGGAAGGAUGCGAUAGCAGAAGGUUUAUUAGGUCUUUUAAAGCCCGCAGUGCAGCAGCUCGACCUACAUGUGCAUUCAGUGAGGGAGAGUCAAGUGGAACUACGAGAACACAUUGACAACUUGGCAACUGAGCUGUGCAGAAUUAAUGAACACCAGAAGGUUGCCCUUGACUUAGACCCCUAUGUGAAGAAGCUGCUUAAUGCACGACGCAGAGUGGUUCUGGUCAACAACAUACUCCAGAAUGCUCAAGAACGCUUACGGAGGUUGAACCAUAAUGUGGCUAAAGAGACAGCCCGCAGAAAAACUAUGCUUGAAACAUCUGGAGCAUUUUCCACACGAUCUCCCAGCAAGCCAUGACAACAGAACCACUACACCGUGGCCAGUUUCAUGUAUAUCUAUUGUACAUUACUGCACAGCACCAUGACUUCAAGUGGAGUCCUGCUAAAUUAGCUGUUAGCUAAUACGUUUAUUUUUAGCAGCCAAAGAAACUGCUGUAUACUAAGAUUUGUACACAGUGCACAGUAGGAUUGUGAGUGUUGAAUUGUUUGUUCAUGUUUGUGUCUAUACCAUGUCUUCUUGAGUAUUAAAUCCAAUGGGUUUAACAUUGUCUGCUUUUAACUCAAACCUAGCAUUAUGCAUUAUGAUGUAUACUGUAUGUUAAAAUAUGUAUAAUUCCUGUAAUAAUAUGCUGUACAAAUUAAUGUAAUUGUUUUUUCAUGCACAGCCUAUGUUUGGGGUUUUGCAGAUUUUGGAGCAAAUGUGAAAUAAAAACGAGUUGUCUUAUAUGCA